UUGCAAUAAAAUUUAAAAAAAUAUCUUUAAUAAACUAGGUAUAUGAAUUGUUACAAACUCGAUUAUUAUAUUAUAACGAGUUUAAAUUUUAAGAAAAAUUAAAUCCAAAAAAAUCAAAUCGAAAAACAACAAAUAUUAUACGAUGUCUAAGCAAUUUUCUAAGAAUUUCAACUGGUACUAAAUGGCAGUAAAUUCAAAUAUUACAAAAACUGAUGCAAGCUCGCAUGAGAAUGGUAAAGAUUGGGCGACAAAGAAUGGCGGUAGCGUACCACAAAGUUCGUGUCGUUUAACGGGUGGGAAUGACAAAAACGCGGUCACGUUAUUGAACGAUAAUGCCCUGGCGUGCCCAACCUUUCACGAAUCCGUAUCGCGAAAGAGAUUCGAAGCGUAUGUAAACGGCUUAAUCGAACCCCAUUAUUGGAAGGGGAUACUCUAUCCCGGGUUGUAUUUCAAACCGCAAGUAUUCGUUGAUUUGCAAAAUUAUCCGUUCCAACCGGACGACAUCGUCAUAGCGACCUAUCCUAAAUCUGGAACAACCUGGACCGCCGAAAUCGUGUCGCUAUUGAUGCACCAAGCCGACGAGUCGUACGCCAAGAGCCUAGACAUAUCUGAGAGAGUCACUCACCUCGAAGCGCCACCCGGGUUGAGCGUCAAAAAUUUGAAUUCGAUACAAAAACCCAGGAUCUUUCAAACCCAUUUCCAACAUACAUACUUACCCCCGGCCAUAAUGAAUUCCCGAUGCAAGAUUAUAUAUGUUCUGAGGAAUCCGAAAGAUGUGGCCGUGUCUUUCUUUCACCAUCAUAGGAUGGCUAAGGAUCUUGGAAAUUUUGACAAAGAUUUUAAACACUUCCUGAGUUUGUUCCUAGAAGGAAGAGUCGUGUGCGGAUCUUGGUUUAAUCACGUGAAGACGUAUUGGAAGAGAAGGGAUGAUUCCAAUUUAUUAAUCGUACGUUACGAAGACAUGAAAAAUAAUUUAAGCCAAACCUUAAUGAAUAUUAGCAAAUUUUUGGGAAUAUCGCUCAGCGACGCUCAAAUUAUGGAAGUGAAUAACUUGUGCACGUUCGAUAAAAUGAAAGAGAACGAAAGGGUGAAUAGAAAUUGGGUUCCCUCGUUCGAUACAACCAAAAGCACAUUCAUAAGAAAAGGAAUCAUUGGAGAUUGGAAGAACCAUUUUAGUCAAGAAGACGAUCACAUUUUCGAUGCGAUAUAUCAACUUAAAAUGAAGGAAAUCUCCGAUCUAAAAUUUAUUUACGAAUAAAAUAAAUCAUUAUAAGCUUUGAGACAUGUGUAUAUAUAUAUAUAUCGACAAACAGUGCCCGUAGCUAAUUUAUUUUCUAAUGGUCCAAUGAAACCCUCCCCGUCCCAUAUUGACCCCACCGCGGUGUCACCGUUUACUUAAAAGGACACUUUCCUGGCUACGGGACUAUCUAAAACAAAUAAAUUGUAAAUAAACGAAGAAAAAAAAAUUUAAACAACAUUACAAUGCAAAAUUUGUCGCUUGAAGAAU